GGGGCUGAGAGUUGUCAACGCGGAAGGAGGCUGGAUCCUGGUUCUGUUCGUCGGUUUAUCAGCGCUGAUUUGGACCCAGAUGAGAUAGGCUCCGGUCGGCCGUGUGUGUGUGUGUGUGUGUGUGUGAGCCAGGACUCGUGCAGCUGCCAGUCAUAACUCAUUAGUACUUAUUCCGCGGUUUUCACGGCUGUUUUGGAAAAAAAGGUUUGAUUUGUGGAUCACACGAGAAGAGAAAAAGAAAAAGAGCCGAACUUCUUUCCUCCUCCACAGAAACGCGGAUUCGUCGAAGCAGGAAAGGAUGUGAAGUGUGUGUCUGGAUGAAACAGCUGCAAAGAGGACAAGAAGCGAGUUGCUGCUUUCUAAAAAUGAAACCUUUUUUUAAACUUUUUAUUUGAAAUAACUUUGCCUACGAAGGAGUAGCUGGUGUGAUAUGCGGCAUUUGGAUCUGUCAAGUUAAAAAACAAAAAAAGGCGGAGAAGCAGAAAACAGAGAUGGAAAGCUCUGCUCUGCUCACAGUGGUGCUCGCUGGAGUUUUCCUGUGGAUUUCUGCAAUCCAUGCAGUCACCAAUGAUAACGGGGAGCUGCUGUGUACAUGUGAGAACAACAAAGGCACAUGUGAGAAUGGAACUUGCAGAGGAGACUACUGCUUCUACACCUGGGUGCACGGCAGAGAGGAGUGGGGAUGUUUCACUAAAGUUAACUCCAGAGAGCAGUGCUCGACCUCCUUUGAGCGCUUCUAUGUCUACUGCUGUCUAGGGGAGAAGUGCAACAGAUUCGCCACGCCGCCUCCUAACAUUAGGGGGCCGACGACAGCACCUCCAGCACCCCCUCGUCCAGAGGUGGUGUGGGUCACUGUGUCUUUGCUGCUCUUAUUCUUGAUCUGCGGUGUGUCUGGUCUGGUGCUAUACCUGCGUUUCCGACGUGGGACUUGCAGACCGAAAGACGCCGAAGACCAUGAUGUUGCUAUGCUCAAAGUCCCCAGUGGAGACGACCCCACAUAUGGCGAAAUAUUUGACGAGUUUUGUACUUCAGGAAGUGGUACAGGGCUUCCAUAUCUGGUCCAAAGGACGAUGGCCAGACAAAUCUCACUUGCAGAGUGUGUCGGUAAAGGCAGAUAUGGAGAGGUGUGGAGAGGAACGUGGAUGGGGGAGAGUGUAGCUGUCAAGAUUUUCUCCUCCAGAGACGAGCAGUCCUGGUUCAGAGAAACAGAGAUCUAUAAUACUGUACAGCUGCGACACGACAACAUACUGGGUUUCAUAGCCUCUGACAUGACAUCCAAGAACUCCAGCACCCAGCUGUGGCUCGUCACCCACUUUCACGAGCUGGGCUCGCUGUACGAUUUCCUGCAGUACAGCAGCUUGGAGCCAGAGAGCUGCCUGAGGAUGUGCCUGUCUGUGGCCUGUGGCCUGGUCCACCUCCACACCGAGAUUGUCAGCUCCCAAGAAAAGCCAGCAAUCGCCCACAGAGACCUGAAAAGCCGAAACAUCCUGGUAAAGCGGAACGGGCAGUGCUGUAUCGCUGAUCUAGGUCUGGCUGUGAUACACUCUCAGUCCCACGACUACCUGGAUGUGGGCAACAACCCUCGAGUGGGGACCAAGCGCUACAUGGCCCCCGAGGUGCUGGAUGAGACUAUUCGUGUGGACAUCUUUGAGUCCUAUAAGCAAACUGACAUCUGGGCUUUGGGUCUGGUCUUCUGGGAAAUCUCCCGCAGGACCAUUGUCAACGGGAUUGUGGAAGAGUACCGUCCUCCCUUCUUUGACGUGGUGCCCUCAGAUCCCAGCUUUGAGGAGAUGAAGAAGGUGGUGUGUGUGGACCAGCAGAAGCCCAGUCUGCACAACAGACUCCACUCCCACCCUAUCCUUACAGCCAUUGUAAAGCUCAUGAAGGAGUGCUGGUACCAGAACCCCUCGGCCCGCCUCACGGCCUUACGGGUGAGGAAGACUCUUUCCAAACUGGACCACGACGACUUCAGCAUUGAGAAGCUCAAGCAGGACGUCUAGACUGGAGCGCCGGGAUGAAACGGGGCCACAAGAUUGAAAACACCCAAAGGGAUUUGGCACCACAUUCCAGCAGCACGACGAGGUGCAUAUCAUUAGCAUAUUUUGAGCCAAUGACUCACACAGUAACCACAUUAUAUUAAAGCCAUAUGACUCUGAGCAGGAGCGUCUAGACUACAUUGGCCCCCCCACGGCUAUACUUUUUUUAUGUAUGCUAAUUUUUAGCUGCCAUGUUUCUGGCGCCUCUAAGCAAGAGGUUCCAAAAAGGUGUUUUUCUUGUUGUUGUGUUCAGCUAAUAAACGUUUAGAUCGGACAUUACUACAGCAGAGUAAUUAUCACAGUUCUUAUAGGUAGUUUUUCACCACACAUGGGCACAUCUGGUUCUCUUUUAGUGGAUUUUAUUUUUUUAAUUUUUUCCCCAUUGUUGCGACAGAAUGGAAAAUUUUAGCAUAGCACAAUUACUCCUCCUAUCAAGAGGAGUAAUGAUACAGAGUAUGAUGUAUGGAUUUUUCCCAUAAUGACCAAAGCCACUAACAACCACAGCAAGCAUGAAGAAUGGUUGUCUUUAUUUUAAAAUACAGGAAACAUAACGAAGCACAUUACUUGCUCUGUAAGCACAUUUAACUUAAGUAAAAUGUAUUAUUUGCACAUAGUUUGAGUUUAUUUAGUUGUACAUAUUUUGUAUCACCAUUGGGUUUAUUGUAAAUAUGUUUCAAAAGGGGGGUUAUUUUCUAUUCAAAAAUGAGAUGUUUUGUAUACUUUUUUUUAAAUCACACAGCUAUUUCAGAUUUUUUUUUACAUUUCGGUUGGUCAGAAAUGUACCAUCACAUUCACUAUGGACAGUAAAGGAAUUCACAAACAGACAUGUAAUGUUGUAUAUCUUUAAUAAAGGAUUGUAUUUUUGAAAUGUU